UCCCGACCCAGGGAUCGAACCCUCGGCUCUUAGGUCUCCGGCAUUGGCAGUCAGGUUCUGUACCACUAGUGCCACCAGGGAAGCUAUGGUUUAAAAUACUAUAGAAAUUGGCAAAACCUAAUUGUAGCACGUUGUUUCAGAUGUAUACAUUUGAGAAAAAAGUGGAACGUAUAAAGUAAUGGUAAACACCUAUAAAACAUUCCAUCCAAUCAGGGGGACGAGAUCGGUGAUUAGGUUAGGAUGAUGGGAUUAUCUGGAGGGCAUAGCCAGCGGGUCCUGAGACAGUAUAAAGCCAAGCAGAAGAAGGAAUUCUAGUCUGCAGUUGCUUCUGCAGUCAUCUUGGUGAACAUUAUGUCUCCAGUGGUUUUGUGCAGUGUCCACGUAUUUGAUCGGCUCAGGACAGAGGGCAAGGACACAGCUUAGUUCUGAUUUCUCCUUGAGAACUCAAGGAAUCCCUCAGAGAAAUUGCUGAGUGGGACAAAUCUAUUGAGGACCAAUUUGAGUGUUGAGGGGCCUCAGUUUGUCCUCAGCAAACUAGGAGAUUGGGAAAACUCUGCAGCGGUCCAUUUUCAGGCAUUGAGAGAAAGAGAAUCUCUGGGGUAAAACCCCAGCGAUGGACCCCAGCAAACUUUCUAUGGAACAGGGUAAAGCAUUCUUACAGGAGAUCGGGAUCCCACAAAGAGAUCUCGACUUGAUGACAGAGAAAUGGGUAGUUGAUGCUUCUGUGGAGGUUCUGCUACGGUUCCCUCUGUUGCCAGGAGAGGACCCAACUGCCCGCUGUGUCCCCGAUAAGAAAUGUCAGCCUCUAGUGCACAAGCCUCAUGGAGCUCCACAGAGACCUGGAGUCCAAGAGGAGAGAAAAUCCAGUAGUCAACUCCCAAGGAAGAAUGCCCAGAAGCCCCAGGAGGUGAGGCAGAUAAAAAGUCACUACAUUCACCAACUGCCCCAGAGACCCACUAUGGCUCAGAAUGUGAAGAAGCUACUGAGGGGACCUGUGGAGCGGAGGACUACUUUCUCAGACGAGAAUAACAAGGUGAAGUGCAGAAACUGUGGUGCUUUUGGACACCUGGCCACCAGCAAGUGGUGCCCCAUGAAGUCCUGGGCUGGGGCCGUUGCUCCACAGCCUUUGGGCUCCAAGAAGAAGGAGAAUCUGGAACCGAGGAGACCCCAGGAGAUCCAGACUCCAACGUUCUUUAAUGAGGCUGUCAGAGAGCAGGAACCAGAACCAAGGCAAGAGGUGCAGCAGAGAAAUGCUGUUCCCCAGACCCACCCCGUGAGUUGGCAAGGGAAGAGGCAGAGACAGGAGCCUGAGGAUUUGCAUGCCUUCAUGAGGCAACCCACCCGGCCGAUGCCUGUCCAAACGUCCAAGAGGAGACCUGUCCUAGGCCCUGUCCUCAUGGGUCAGCCACUGGCCCAGAUCCCCAAGAAGAGAUGACUUUGCCCUUGAACUGAGUGCUUGUGGACACAAGACACGAGAUGGACGCUAAUGCCUCACCCAGCUGUGCAGACCUUCUGCCUGGAGGCCCCUCUCAUGGCCGAGUCGACAGCCAGUGGGCCUGAUGGUACCCGUGGGAUAUUCCAUUCCACCCGGCUUGCCCUGGGUUGUGUCUGUGACCUCUGGGCACAAAGCUAAUGUCCUGAUGUGGGCUCAAAGCCCAGCCCCCAACGUGCUGCACAACAGCGUGCCCAGAACUCAGUGCAGCUUCCAGGCAUGACUUGAGAGGGCUUCCUAGAUCCCUGUGCAGACUUGCCAGAAUCUCUCACCAAAAAAGCAAGACUUGGCCUAUCUUACAGCUUCCAGCCCCAUUCUCAGCACCUGCUCUGGGGCUGCCAAGCUCUCCCAUGUCCCCUCAGUACACCUGGACUUGGAUCCUAACAAGGACCCACAUGACCAGGAAGACACCAGCCGUGACGCCCAACUUUUUCCUGGCUGUACUCUGCGGCAUGUGAGAUCUUAGUUCCCUAACUGGGAACGAACCCUCACCCCCUGCAUUAGGAGAGUGGAGUCUUAACCACUGGAUGCCCCCAGGAAAGCCCCUUUAUACCUGCAGGCUCCACCCAACUCAGUUUGGCUGAGCCCUGUCAAGAUCUGCAGUAUCCCCAGUGGAGGGAAGGAGACAGGAGGACGAACUGAGUAGUAGCACUGAAACAUGUAUAUUACCAUGUAUAAAAUAGAUAGCUAGUGGGAAGUUGGUGUAGAACA